GUUGCUUUGCAUGAGUUUACAUGAGAUAUUCUGUAAAACCCGCCGAGGGUAAAAAUUUUGUAUGGCUGGCCCUGGAUACAGCACGGGAGCACUGUUUUGCCGUGUUUUCACCCCUGCUUGUACAAAUUUGCCAGCUGGGUCGCCAUUCGCCAGGGAGAGGCUCCCGCGCGCACGCACGCUUCAUGCAGACCCCCCAGCUUUUCCUUCUCUUCCUGGCCCUCGUCUUCACUGCGCAGCCAAACAUCUCCCGCGUGUACCCGUCUUCAAUAUCUAGCACCCACCCAUCCUCAGUCAUUUUGAGGGCGGAUGAUGGUCACAAAUGGUAGUACGCUCUAGGUACAAGAAGCUCACCAAUCGCGAGAAGUUUUCCCCCUUAGUAAUUGUCCAUCGAGGACCGCUUGAGGCCGACAAUGCCAUUGUCAAUGGCUCCGGUCUCGAGCUCGAUGGCCAGGACGCACAUGAUCAAGACCUUGGCGUAGACAAGAACCUCGGUGUAGACCGUACUGAGAUCUCGGAGCACCAUUUACAAGCUGCGCUUUCAUCGAACCAGCUCGCAACAGAUGGUGCUCCGGGAUCCACAGCUAAGGCAGCUUACCACAUCCCGACACCAGAUGCCAAAGAUGUUCUUAGCAAUGAGGCAGUCGCGGCGCUCUACCCUCGCGGGGCGUAUCAAGAUUCAGUCACCUACGUGCGCUUCUCGAACACGGUCGAGGACAAGAUUCAAGGGCCUUCGUACUGUCUAGAUGAAGAUGACCAAGAAUGGCUCAACAAGAGGAACGCCAAGGCCAAGGAGGAGGAGCAGACAGCGUUGCGCACCUUCAAGCCACCGCCGAGCUCGCGCUCCAAGGGCAAGGAGAGGGCAAAAGAGGAUGUGCUGAAAGCGCUUUACCGCGCCAAACCAGAGGUGCAACCAAUCACGGAAGACGAGUUUGAGACGGUCUUCACCGUGUUCGAAGCGUACACAGCGGAGAGAUGCCCUCUUCUACACCUCAACAUGGCGCAGCUGCCUACAAUCGAGGAUCUACUUUCUUGCUUUGAGCCCGAUUCAUUCUUGGCAAAGCAUGCUCAGCCAGUACUUCCAGCAUGUUCAUUUGAGGCAAAUGACCCCAAUCACCCCUCUACAUCGACAGAAUGGGAUGAAUCGAACCCGUUCCGCAACCUCUCAGCUCUCAAGCGCUUCGCUCCGAUCAUCUAUCCAUGGUGGGAGAUCCGCAAGAAAGAUCGGGAAGGCAAGCCCAUCACCCCCCUCCUCAACUUUGACGAGACCAAUGACAAUGAUCCCUACGUGUGCUUCCGUCGCCGAGAGGUCAAAACGAUGCGCAAGACGCGCAAGACGGAUGCCCUCCACAUUGAGAAAUUGGUGCGCCUCCGCUCAGAACUCGAGUCAGCCACGAGGCUCCUCGAGCUGGUCGCUCAGCGCGAGCGAACCAAGUGGGCGUUGCUUGGGCAAGACAGGAAUUGCUGGAUCGUCGGCCGCGACCUCUUGGAUCUCAAGCGAAGCUGGGGUAUCAUCGGUCCGCAACAUGGCACCGAAGACGACGAGCUCGUCUUUGGCACGAAGAAAAAGGAGGAAGAGGCGGCAGCUGCUGCAGAUCAACGAGCCAAGAAGAAGCGCAAGAACGAGGAGCAGAACGCCGCUUCUGCACUCGGAAUCAAGCUCAUGCGCAAGCCCAGGCCAAGCGACGAGACCUGCAGCGCGACAUCUGUUGCUCAGCAGACUGGUGCCCAUGCCAUUGCGCAGCCGCAAGGGCUUGGCGCUGCUAUUCUCGAGCGCGUACAAGCUGUGCAGGCAUACAUCGAACGCGAGUGUUUGCGGAAAGCCGAAGCGGACCUUGGCUUCGAAGAGGCGACCGACUCGACCUUCCAGCCGCUUGCAUCCUCGUUGGCUUUGCGCUUGUUCCGCCCGCUAGCGUCAGACAGCAUCUACAGCAGCAGCAUGGACUCGGGGCAAGAAGCAGGCCAACUUUCACUCUCGGCCGAUGUCACCAUGGCCGAUUCUUCAGCCUUACAAGGCUCCCCGCGCUCGGGCAGACCUGCAAGCUUCCGGCGACGUCUUGGCCGCGGGGGCCGGGUUCUGCUUGACAGAAAGCUGCCCUUCCUGACGCCAGUGCCUUCACAGCUUGCCGACUGGCCGAGCGUCAAGAGCCUUUCCGAAGUUGAACAGGUCGAGGCGAUGCUGCAGACAUCCAUGUCACAGCAGCCCGGUGGCCCCUUUAACGAUGUCGCAGCCACCAGCUCUCAAAUCAACCCGAAUCAUCACCCACACCUGACAGGGCCGUUUGCUUUUUCUGCGGAUGUGCGGCCGACUCAGCUUACCAGUGCGGCUGUUCACGUCUCUUCCAUGCACGCGACAGGACCAUUUGCUGCCACUUCCUUGUCGGAUGCAGAAGCCAACGAGCGUAUUCGCCACAUCUCGGACGCGUCCAGCACCUCGUCCGAUUGGAGCGACCGCUCGAAGCCUAGCGAUGCUUCGUCUAUUGGCGCUGCGAGCACGCAGCCGACGGACGUCGAGGAUGCCGACGUGAUGGACAUUGACAACAGCGGUGGUGACACGGAGCGCAGCAGUAGUAGUAAGGACAAAGGCAAAGCGCGACAGACGAACGAGUCGGACGCGCCAUUUGAUAUCAAGGAAGAGGCAGAGACGUGGGCGCGACUGUGCGAGCGUUGGCGCUACGACGACGAUGCAGGUCGAUGGGCAGGCCUUGGCCUGACCGGCCUAGGCGGCAUGGAGAACGACGGGGAAGCUGUGAUCGACGACUUUGAUCAACGGUUUCUUAAGUAUCGUAUGUACCUGCUGGAAGAAAGCGACUUGCUUAAGUUGCAGACCGACCUCAGCCACAUCAUGGCUGCCCAGGCUGCAGUUGAGGUACCACUGCCACCCGCGCCGCCUCCAGCAUCAACUAUGCAGUCCGCAGCGGCAGCGACAAAGAAUCAACAAUCGCUAUCGCAACAGGCCAUGCUUUUACAGCAACAGCAGCAACAGCAACAGCAGAUGGCGGCACAGGUGCGGGCAGCAGUCACAGCCAAUGCCAUGACAAACGUCAUCCGUCAACCACCCGCGACUGGCAGCGGUCCAUCGCUCUUGGCUCUUCAACAGCAGCAGCAAUUGCAUCGGCAGCAGCUACAGCUAGCCUUACAGCAGCAGCAGCGAAACUCGGCGGCAGCUGCAACAGCAGCGGCGGCGUCGGCAGCAUCUCAGAGCUCACCCGGCACGCCUCGAGCAACCGCAGCGGGCCAGCGCGGGUCCAUGAGUGGUGGGCAGCCACAGUUGCAGCAGCAGCAGCCGCAUCCAUUAUCGCAAUCCUUCAGCGUCAACAGCGCGACUGGAGCGCUGACACCUCAGCAGAUUCAAAUGCAGCAGGCAGCUCUCCUAGCCUUGCAGCAACAACAACAACAGCAACAGCAAUCACAGGGGCAGUCGCAAAGUCAGCAACAUGUCCAACAAGCUGGACAGCAACAGGCGAAUCGCGGCGCGACUGCUGCGACCCUGAGUCAGGCUACUGGUGUGCAGUUUCCAAAUGUCUUCCCCAUGCCAGUGCCCAACGGAGUGGUUGGGGCUGCCAAUGGCCAGCUACAAGGACAGAUGCAACAAGGUAGCUCGAGUCCUAGUCCCGCACCUGGUGUCAAUGGAAGCUCGCCUCAUAUGAAUGCAGCGCUGGCAGGUCAGCAACGUGUGAAUGGGGCGAAUGCGGCCUUACUUCUGCAACAGCAGCAGCUUGCGGCGGCCGCAGCAGCGGCGGCUGCAGCCGCAAAUAAUCAGCUGUCGAAUGGCGGAAAUACACCGCAUGGUCUGCCUGCCGCAAGUGCAGCACAGAUCCUCGCUAUGAAAGCGGCUUUGGCUCAGAGUCCGCAAUUGCAACUCAAGCUGCUGCCGAAUCGAGCGAUGCAGAUUGCACAGGAGGGCAACCAGAAUGGCAACAACAAUCUGCAGAACCUUCAGCUCAGCUCCCAGGCAGCGCUGAUGCAGAGUCUCAUCGCGAAGCAGCAAGCUCAGCAACAACAACAGCAACAACAACAGCAACAACGUGCCCAGCAAGGUGUACAUAUGCAAGGCCGUGCGAGUCCGCAAUUCCAACAGGGUUUUAACAGCAUGCCGAAUAUGAGCGGCGCCGGCAGCGUCUCGCCUUUACCUGCAGGAGCGCACUUGCCGAGCCCUGCCAUGGCAGCCGCUCAGCUCCAGCAGCAUCUAGCACAAGGCUCGCCUGUUGCCGCGUCGUCCCCGCAGAUGGGUCGUAACACACCUGGUGGCACGCCGCAGCCGCACCACCGGCAGCCAUCGCAAGGCGUCGGCGGGCAGGCAGGCUUCAAUGGCGGCUAUGGCAGCGGCUGAUUGCCCUGCGGCACAUGCGUCGACCCCGUACAUCUGAUGCUGCAACGCGCGAGCGUCGCUCUUGCAGCCACAGCCACGGCAUCAACAUCUGGUGUGGC